AUGCGUUUUACCGACUAUUCGUUCGAGUUCAACGACGAAGCUGUUCACUUCUCCGUUACUUCACAUUCAGAUAAGGAUCUAGUGCAUUUCAACACAACUGGCCGAAUCGGACAAGUCAUUGAAGUUAUUCAACCACCGGAGUUACUCUCCAGCCAGCUAUCGGAGCAACAAAGAGUAGAAUACGAGUUGAAAAGCUUACUUGGAAAUCCAGAAUUACCAGGCGUUGAACUAUUCAUUCGACGAUUUGUUAUUCACUUUGCGGCGAAGAAACAAAGAAGGAACACGCUUUUUGUCUUCGGUAUUGACCUAGAUGGUAUCUCGAACGAAUGCAUUGCGGCCGCUCUGCGAGCCCUCGAGGAGAGUCAUCAGGAACCAAAAAGGAAAAAAUCAACAGUUUUCCUACCAUCGUCUUCGUUCACCAAUCAUAUCAAAUCAACCGAACGCUCGUUAUCCGAUCAAAAAGCAUCAAGAGAUGGUGGUCUCAACGAAUUAUAUUCAUGGCAGUCACAAAAUAGGAGCAAUGCAGAAGUUUUCGAGCUUCUCGAUGGACCUCCUUAUGCAAAUGGUGAAGCACAUACCGGUCAUGCCAUCAACAAAAUCCUAAAAGAUUUCGUAGUGAAAAGCAGAAUUGGACUAGGGUAUAAAGUUCGUUUCCGUCCGGGCUGGGACUGCCAUGGCCUUCCUAUUGAACUGAAAAUCGGAAAACAGCAAGGAAACUUAAAGCAACGAUCCCCUCUGGAGAUUCGAGCCGCUGCCAGAAUAGUUGCUGAUGAAGCAAUCGGAAAACAAAUGAAUGCGUUUCGUAGAUGGGGAGUAACCGCUGAUUGGGAAAAUCCAUACAUUACCAAAAGUUCUAAAUAUGUAGCUGCUCAGUUAGACAUUUUCGCGAAACUCGUUGAGCAGAAACUUGUCUAUAGAUCUUUCAAACCGGUAUACUGGUCACCAAGUUCAAAUACAGCACUUGCCGAAUCAGAGUUGGAGUAUAACGAAAAACAUCAAAGUACCAGUGUCUACUUUCGGUUCAAGCUCAUCAAUUUCUCGUCUUCUGAUGUUGAAUGGGCCAUCGGUGUUCCUUCAAAACUGACACAGUUUUUCGCGCUCACAUGGACAACAACCCCAUGGACUCUUCCUCUCAACAAUGCGAUUUGUGUCUCCCCUGCUAUCAAAUAUUCUGUAAUUCAACUGGAAGAUGAUAUAAAGUGA